GCAGAAAACAGCGCACAGAGGACAGUGCGAAUAUUGUAUCUUAAAUGGCGAUGCUGGCAGAGCAACGAAUUCAGUUGCUCGCGACAAACGAAAGGAAGCUAACGAAGCGCCCUGCCAAGCGGAGUGUCAGCUGAGUCAGCUAGCAGAGCAGUGUUUAAAGAAAUUCAUGUUUGGUGAGCAAAAAAUAAAAUUAAAAAUACACAACAGUUGUAGCAUGCAACAACAACAACCACAACAACAGCAAGAAAUUUAUUAGCAACACUAGCAAAAGUGGAGUGCAGCAAACAACAAGUAACAAAAGCAGCGAAAGCGCAAAAACAAAACAACAAAUAAAUAAACAAAUAAAACAACAAUAAAAAAUAGCAAGCAAAAAUAAAACAACAACAACAAAAUUUAACAAGCAAAAAUAAAAUCAUAACAGCAGUAAGCAAGCGCAAACAACAAGAACAACAACAUAGGUGCAGCAAAGAUACAUUACGGUGUCAUACAAUAUGGAACUUAUUUCAAAAUCUAAUAUGAACGCCUUGGAGGAUCGUUCUUCAAAAAGCAUGGAAAAAUUAAAAAUGUUGGAUAUAACACGAGAUCGACCAGUUAAAGUGGCAGUAAAGGUGGCGGUACCGGUGCGAGAUCAUCCAAAGUUCAAUUUCGUUGGUAAACUCUUGGGUCCUAAGGGCAAUUCUAUGAAGCGUCUUCAAGAAGAGACAAUGUGUAAAAUGGCAGUAUUGGGUCGUGGAUCGAUGCGUGAUCGUAAAAAGGAGGAGGAGUUGCGUGCCAGUGGCGAUAGUCGUUAUGGCCAUCUCUUUGAAGAUUUACACGUAGAGAUUUCCACAUUUGCAGCGCCCGCAGAAGCUCACGCACGCAUAGCAUAUGCGCUGGCUGAAGUGCGGAGGUUCUUGGUGCCGGACUAUCACGAUGACAUACGACAAGAGCAAAUGUGGGAAAUGCAAGCGCUGAGUUCCUCUUCUUCGCUGACCUACACCGACGAUCAGCAUAGUCCCAAUCGUGGUGGAGUCACCGAUAUGGAUACAUCGAAUGAUGAAAAGCUCGAAUUGGAACCGAAUGGCAUGGAAUGCAAUACAUUGGAUAAGAACGAGACACAACAAGUGAGUUUAAGCAGUGAACAGCAGCAACAACAGCAGCUGCAUCAACACCAGCAACAGCAACAACAACGCAAUUUACAUCAUUUACUACAUCAACCACCCCCUCCGUCAACCCGUGGCCCCAACACCCCUGUCGCCACAGUUGCAACUCAUCAUCACACAAAUCUAUUGCCGACCAAUACCGAUGGUCUCUGUCAGAAAGCGAGUGCCGGCAGCACAGCAACAGCUAUGAAUUCCUACCCACUAGUACACCCAACGGCUAUGUCGGUUGCAUUACAACACCAAUUGACCGCAGCCAGUAUUGGUAAUAUAUUGAAGCCAGCCGCACCGACGGCAGCUGGUGUGCCUACGGUUACUGAUUUGCAUACGGUAACGCAACAGCCCAACACAGCUGGCGGCAUACCAUUGCCAACGGAGGCUGAAGCGCCCAUGGCAACCACAUUGGGUUUGCUGGAUCCACCCACUGGCGCGUUACUGCAUCCGGCGUUGCGCAGCGUGAAGGCAAUCAAUAUUGCGGGUGGCUUGGCACGCAAGCGGCCACUAUUGGGUGUGCCACGCUCUAGCAUGAAUCCAACUAAACGCACUGUAAUGACUUUACUAGCCAGAGCCAAGAACUCGCAGGCCUUGCAUGCGGUACGAAAUCCGAUUACAGCAGCUACGGCGGCCCGAUUUGCUGAUCCCUUACAGAUGCUUACCUCCCCAUUUAUAUUAUCAUCGCAACCCAUGGAUCAGUCGAUGCUUACAUUUCCUAAGGAAAGUCUCGCACAAGGAGUCUAAGUCUAAUACACACACAAAAAGACAAGAGUUAUAAAUGGUAUACUGAUGUUUUCUUGCAAUUCGUGCGAUGAAGGGCGAUAUAUUGAAGACUUAGAACCGCAGAGUUUGUUUCAUUUUGUUUAUUGUCCAAAAUCACUAAAAACAAUUUUCGCAGUGCAAGCAAUCAUAAAUAAUUUGCAGUUGACAUGAUAAGUAAAUAUAAAAACAUACAAUCUAUCGAAUUAUAUGUUACUGGCAUAAAGAAAUUUAUUAUUUACUGUACUUACCAUAUAUGCAGGGUUGCUAAUUUUUUAAUUAAAAUUUUCGGUUUAAAAAUUUGAUUUAAAAAUUUUCUAUAUCCCGUAUGCGGGAUUACAAAAUAAAAAAUUAAUUCAAAUACUUAUUAAAUUAUUUUUUUAAUGCAUUAUUUGCAACCCAGCUUAAUUAUUUCAUUAUAACUAAUAUAUUUUGCAGUGAUAUUGAUAAGCAUGUGACCGAUAUACAGUUCACGACGCCGUAUUUUAUUUCAUAUUCAUUUGAGAAAAUUAUUAACAAAUUGCUUUUCCAAAAUUUUCUCUAACAACAACAAUUUGCAUAAAUGUCGUUUUCUUGGUUACAUAAGAAAUUUUAGCUUAAUUAGCACAACUAGUGUGAUAUUAAAAACUAAUUUUGUUUUCCAUAUUUCGAAAGGUUAUACCUUUAAAAAUAACAUACUAAAAUUGGAAAUCGAUAACUCAAAUAGUUUUCGAGUUACAGCCUUCUCAAUUGUAACCACUCAAUCAAUUUAUCUUUUAACCCUUUUUUUCAAAACUGAUUUUGACACCUCGUGGUGGUUUAGGAAACGCAAUUGUAUCCCUAAAAAUUGACCGUUUGGUGCGGAUUGUGGUAAAGCGGCAUUAUCGGGCCUUAUUUCCUUCGAAAUGAGGACAAGCUCCAACAAGACGGUGAGCCGCCUCAUGUUUCACAUCUAAACAAGCACUCGUUAAUUUUGAGAAAUGACUCAGUCAAAUGGCCGCCCAGAUCAUGCAAUUUAACGUCUCUAGAUAAUUUUAUCUGGGGUAUGUUAAAUCAAACGCCAAUCGACCAGUAACGUUCGAGGAGCUCGAAAACAACAUACAGCACCCUAUAGUCGAAAUUCCAGCCGAAAUGCUGCACCGUGUCAGCGAAAAUUUACCUAAACUGGUGAAAAUAUGUAAACGGAGCCGCGGUGGCUAUUUGGUCGAUAUUUUGUUGAAAUCAUAAAUUGCGUGAAAUUAUCUGCAGAACAAAAAAAAAGCAGAACUCAUUCUGACCACAUUUGAGGCUUUAUUUCAUUUUAACAUUACGUCGUUCUUAUUGGUAGACCCAGUUCUCCAUACAAUGACCUACCAGUUUAUUCCUCUGAUCAAAAAUUGAAUUUUGGCAAGGCAAAAGCGACCAAAUUUUAGGUAAAGUUAAAUUAUUUUUCAAAACGCAUAAGUUGUUAGCACCGUGGGAGAUCGUGUAUAACUCGAAAAAUGUUUAGCUUAUUUUUAAAAAAAAUUUUACUGUGUAUUCUUAAAAUACGUAUAAAUAUACUUAAUGUUCUAAAACAAUUGAUUGAGAAAAUUUUUUUUUUUACCAAAAAUGGCCUUUUAGGUUUGAUAUUUUUAAACAGAAUUUAAAAAAAAAAUAUGAAGUGGUUUGUCUCAUCAUAUUUUGUUUGCGUGUUCGUUUGCUCAGUUUGUUUUUAUUACUAAUAUAAUAAUAAUAAUAACAGUAAUAAUAAUAAUAAUAAUAAUAAUAAUAAUGGUUUGUUUUGUUUUACAAAGAUAAUUUCAUUUUUAUUAUUCAAAAUUGUAUUUUUUUUUAGUUUAAUCAUAAUAUAAUAUAACGAUAGCUUGCUGCUUAUUGUUGUUUUUGUAAUUUUCAUAACUCAUUUGCUAUUAAAUUAAUGACGGUACUUUUCACGCACAUUAAGUUCGACUCCAUUUUUAUAAUACUAAACAUACAUACAAACGUGCUUCUGCAUACACUUCAGAAAAACAACAACAACACAUUGCAAUAAAAUUAAGUUUAUGAUUAUUAAAUAAUAUGUACAACAACAAUAAAGUCAAUGUAAUUUACACAUAAAUAAUAAUUAAUGUUAAUUAAUGCAAAAAUGAAGCAUAAAAUAAUAUAUGUGUAUGUUUAUGUAUGUAUAUUAAUGCAAAACAACAAGCGCUUUAAGAGUAAACAAAAAGGAAACGAAUAAACUAUGGAAUCAAAAUGUUUUUAAAUGUGAACGCAUUAAAUCAUCAAUUAAACAAUUAAAGAAAUCAAUAAUUAAAAGCAGAAACACGAAAUUAAUGAAAUUAAACUAAUUUACUAAAAAAAUAUUUAAAUUUAUAUAUACACUUAACUAAAUGUUAGCAGCGAUACUAAAUGCAUUUUAAGUAACUAAUUCAAGAACACAAAAAAUACAACAAAAAAAUAUACAUAUAUACAUAUAUUAAAAGAAACUAACAUAAAAAAAAUUAAAAAAAAAAUAAAUUUAAAAAAAAACAAUUAAGCAUAUAUACUUAUAAAGCAAUUACCAAUAAUUAACUGUUGUACCACAAAUAUUGAUUACUGCAUGUUUCAAUGUGAAAAGCUAACAGGUGUUGAAUUUCAAAAAAACAAAAUAAAUGAAAAAAUAAAACAAAAAAAAAAGGUUUGGUUAGUAAAACGGCAAUACAAAAGAAAAAAUAAAAGAGUUGGCUGAGAUUUAUCGACUAAUUGUUCCGCAACAAAUAAAAGAUAUGAAAAUAUUCCAAGCAAACAGAGCUAACGAGAAGUAUUAACUGAUAUGCAGCAUAUUUAAAUUAUGAAUUAAAAAUAAAUUAUAAAAAAAAACACACCGAAAAAUACAAAACAGAGUGUUAUUAUCACAAGCGCUGAACUCAACAAACACAAACGGCAGACAAACACCUGAAUACAUAUUUACAUACAUGCACACGGCCAACACCAACACGAAAGGCAAUGCAAUAAAACUUCAAACUAUUUCGUGCGCCCAAAACAAAAA